GCUGUUGUUGGCUAGUAGAGGUCAUAUUUAAGAUUUUAAAAAACAAAUACCAAAAAAUAGUAAAAGAAAAGUGUUGGUGUAACUUCACUGCAUCUGUCCAAAGAAAAGUUUUGGAAUUUCACUGCGUGGCUUCACUUCACUUAACUGCAUCAGUUCAAGCCUUCAAGGACUGAACGUCAACGAGUAAUCUUGAUUCAUGAGCAUUUGCUGAAUUAUCCCUUCAGAGCCAACCACAGCCAUUCGAAUUCUCAGUUCACCACACCACCCUUCCUUUUCGCUCAUGCAUGGCUUGUCUUGCCCCCUCACACCCACCCCAAACCCUCACACCAAACCAAUUCUCACUCACCCACUUCUCCUCCCUCUGCAAACACGGCCGAAUCCGCGAAGCCGUGAACUCCCUCACCCAAAUGCACUCCCUCAACCUCCAUGUGGGCCCCGCCAUCUAUGGCACCCUCCUCCAGGGCUGCGUCUACGAGCGAGCCCUCCCUCUCGCUCUUCAGCUCCACGCUGAUGUCAUCAAAAGGGGCCCCACAUUUGCCUUAAACGACUUCGUCAUUUCCAAGCUCGUCAUCCUCUACGCCAAAUGCGGCGCCUCCGAACCCGCCACGCGCCUCUUCCGCGACUCGCCGAGCCCGAACGUGUUCUCCUGGGCAGCCAUUAUCGGCCUCCACACCCGAACGGGCUUCUGCGAAGAAGCCCUUUUCGGUUACAUCAAAAUGCAGCAAGACGGGUUGCCACCAGACAAUUUUGUUCUCCCCAAUGUUCUGAAGGCGUGCGGGGUUCUUAAGUGGGUUAGGUUUGGGAAAGGGGUUCACGCGUUUGUUGUGAAGACGAUUGGAUUGAAGGAAUGUGUUUAUGUAGCUACUAGUCUGGUUGAUAUGUAUGGGAAAUGUGGGGCCGUGGAGGAUGCGGGGAAGGUGUUUGAUGAAAUGUCUGAGAGAAACGACGUCACGUGGAACUCCAUGGUUGUGACCUACGCCCAGAACGGGAUGAACCAGGAGGCAAUUCGGGUGUUUCGGGAGAUGAGGCUGCAGGGAGUGGAGGUGACUUUAGUUGCCUUGUCGGGGUUUUUCACGGCGUGCGCGAAUUCGGAGGCAGUUGGAGAAGGAAGACAAGGGCAUGGACUUGCUGUUGUGGGAGGGUUGGAGUUGGAUAAUGUUUUGGGGAGCUCGAUUAUGAACUUCUACUUUAAGGUUGGGCUGAUUGAGGAGGCUGAGGUGGUUUUUCGAAACAUGGCGGUCAAGGAUGUGGUGACGUGGAACUUGGUUGUGGCAGGGUAUGCACAGUUUGGAAUGGUUGAGAAGGCGCUUGAGAUGUGUUGUGUGAUGAGAGAAGAGGGUUUGAGGUUUGACUGUGUGACGUUGUCUGCUUUGUUGGCUGUUGCUGCUGAUACAAGGGAUUUAGUAUUGGGUAUGAAAGCGCACGCGUAUUGCGUUAAGAAUGAUUUUGAGGGCGAUGUGGUUGUUUCGAGUGGGAUCAUUGAUAUGUACGCGAAGUGCGGGAGGAUGGAUUGUGCGAGAAGAGUUUUCAGCUGUGUGAGAAAGAAGGAUAUUGUGUUGUGGAAUACGAUGUUGGCUGCUUGUGCUGAGCAAGGUCUGAGUGGCGAGGCCUUGAAGUUGUUCUUUCAGAUGCAGCUGGAGAGUGUGCCUCCGAAUGUAGUUUCGUGGAAUUCUCUGAUUUUUGGUUUCUUUAAAAAUGGUCAGGUUGCUGAGGCUAGAAACAUGUUUGCAGAAAUGUGCUCCUCUGGUGUGAUGCCUAAUUUGAUCACAUGGACGACGAUGAUGUCUGGUUUGGUUCAGAAUGGUUUUGGUUCUGGUGCUAUGAUGGUUUUCAGGGAAAUGCAGGAUGUGGGAAUCAGACCUAAUAGCAUGAGCAUAACUUCUGCUCUCUCGGGUUGCACAAGUAUGGCAUUGUUGAAGCAUGGAAGGGCGAUUCAUGGGUAUGUUAUGAGGCGUGAUCUGUCUCAAUCUAUUCAUAUCAUAACUUCUAUAAUGGAUAUGUAUGCUAAAUGUGGAAGUUUGGAUGGUGCAAAGUGUGUUUUCAAAAUGUGUUCAACAAAGGAGUUGUAUGUGUAUAAUGCAAUGAUAUCUGCAUAUGCAUCACAUGGUCAAGCUCGAGAAGCCCUUGUGCUUUUUAAACAAAUGGAGAAAGAAGGAAUAGUGCCUGAUCACAUAACCCUUACUAGUGUGUUGUCAGCAUGCAGCCAUGGGGGAUUGAUGAAGGAAGGCAUAAAGGUUUUCAAAUAUAUGGUCUCUGAACUCCAAAUGAAACCGAGUGAGGAACAUUAUGGUUGUUUGGUCAAACUUCUUGCCAACGAUGGCCAGUUGGAUGAAGCUCUUAGGACAAUUUUGACGAUGCCAAGCCAUCCAGAUGCACAUAUAUUAGGAUCUCUGCUUACGGCUUGUGGACAAAAUAAUGAUAUUGAACUUGCAGAUUAUAUAGCAAAAUGGUUGUUGAAAUUAGACCCAGAUAAUUCAGGGAAUUAUGUGGCUCUUUCGAAUGUAUAUGCAGCUGUAGGAAAAUGGGAUAAAGUGUCUAAUUUAAGGGGUUUAAUGAAAGAAAAGGGUCUAAGAAAGAUUCCUGGGUGUAGCUGGAUUGAAGUUGGACAAGAACUUCAUGUAUUUAUUGCUAGCGAUAGAUCACACCCCAAGACGGAGGAGAUUUAUGUGACAUUGGAUUUGUUGGGAUUUGAAAUGCAUUAAGCAAAAUAUUCCCCUUAUAUAAAAUACUAAGCCAACAUCCUCACUCAUGAUGUGGUUUUGACUCGACACCCCUUUCAGUUUAGGCAUGGAUCUAUUUCGGUUCCGGGAAGCCUCCAUCUAAAAUUAUCUCAAGCAUAGCUUGCUACAGUUUCCUGUGAUGCAGUUUUGGGUCAAUAUAAACAUCAUGUAUUUAUUCUGAAAAGCAUUGGUUUUUGGUAGUGACACAAAGCACAUUGGUAAGAACAAAACCUUUUAGUGGAAAAAAAUACUAACAUCACUUUCACUGAUCAUCUCUAUGUUGUAUUUCUAACAAAAUUAUUGCAAAUAUGAGAAGGUAUCAACAUGCCAGGAUUUUUAGAGGGAGAUGUUUCAGACUCAAGCAGGAUGAAUGAAAUGGAGGAUUACUUUCAGGUGCAGUUAUAAGAUACCCGAUAUUCUGAUGUUGUAUUAAACUAAAUGCCAGGUGGUAAAAGGCCAACAGACGAAUAAAUUCAAUGUGACAAAGAUGAGAUUGUUUCAUUAAAUGAGUGGAUGUACCUGGUUUGACAUAUUUAGGAAUGAAGUCAUUAGAUAGCAAAUUGGGGUAACAGCUAUUGUAGAAAAGAUGAUAGAAACUUUCCUUUAGUUGUUUGAGCAUCUGUACAGAAGAUAUGCAAAAGUCUCAAUAAGGAGAGAAAAUUAUAUGGAAGAUAGUGCUUGGGGCGAAGGGAAACUGAGAAAAACUACAUGAUUCAUGUAGGCAAAUCCACCUAAUAGAAAAAGUUUUUUUUGUUUUAUGCAUUUUCCAUUCCGAAUCACCAAAAUUGUAUUUUUUUUAGUUUUCUUAUGUGUAAAGGAAUUUGCAGUUUUGCACUACUAAAAACAAUCUUGUUUCAUGUGAGUCAUAAUGUACGGAAUACAGCAUAUCCACCACGGCAUCGUAAGAGGCUGGAUGGGCUCAUCUUAAUGUAA